AUGCAUGACAAAUUCUUCGAUCAAUAUUGCUUGGGCCCCACCAUUGCCAUCGGAAACUUCAUGCUUAUCACUAAGCCAUUUCUCCUCCAUAACCUUUUAGAAGGCAGUGGACAUGUCGAACCUGUUAAACAAGCUCUAUUCACCAAGUUUGCAAAAGUCUGCUUGUCUGCCGUCGAAUCCACAAUUGAGAUACUAGAGAACAUGGUAUUUCACCAAGUAGGAUACUACUUGGUGAUGGAUGACUUCUUCUUCAGCUUGCAGUGUCUUCAAGUCAUUCUAGCCGGGUGCGACCUGUUUCAUGCAGAUGGCUAUCAGGCCCGUGUGAAGCAAUGUCUUAGAAUCCUACUGGUAAUCAGUGUAUCUGGUUACCCAAAGCAGCUACUUCCCGAACCACUGUAUCAGUUACAGCAGUGUGGACUUGCCGAAGAUGUUGGAGAUGGCAACACUGUUGAUUUAAGAGACUCUAGCGCUGACCAAGUUGCAACCUUGUGGCUGAACGAACUGGAAAUGUCUGAAAAUGCUAUCGACAUUGGGUUAUGGGGUGAUCUUCUGGAAAUCUGA